AUGGAACUCGUUGGCUGUGCAGCAAGCGUUAGCCAGCUCCUGGUUUACUUAUCCUCAUCGGCUAUUAGCCUCCAGAGACUUUACACUGAGUUCGUUCACUGCAAUUCGAUUUACCGUGACGAAGCAACGAAUAUCAGGCUAUUACUUUAUACUCUUCAACGCCUCGGCCGUCAACACGUCGACGACGACGACCACAGUCCCGUCCUCCCUGUUCUGAUAUCCAUAUCUGGUAUCGCAUGUCAGGUGCUACAUCUCCUUAAGCCAAAGCGAAUCUUUGUUAUUGACUGGGCGCCAGUCACAUCAAAAGAUAAGAUCAUAUUAGCGUUCGAAACACUUGAUAAGAAGAGGAAUCUACUGCAUUUAUACAUCUCUCAAGAACAUCAAGAAGCCCUCGUGGAUCUUCGACAGAGGGUUGAAUCAUCUUGUGAGAAGCUUUGUGUGGAAACUCCUUUCACAAUGACGGAUGUCAAGAUCGCUGGUCAUAACUCAAUGUUCAAUGGCCGGAUGCAAGAUUCCGUAAAUGCCGAAAUUAGAAACUACACUCUCGACGCUCCGGGGAAAAAUUUCGUAGGAAAUGAGAACAACGAAGCCGAAAGAAUUUUGUUACAACCUAGCCGUCACAGUAGAGGUCAUCCACAUCCGGACUAUGCCCACAUGACGGCCAGGGCAGUUGUGCCGCUGUCAAGU